CGUGACCUAAACAAGUGAAAACUCAGCCAAAUGCCAUUCGAUUUUUACAAAAGUAGGCGCUGCUUCUAUAAUAAUGAAAAACAUGACUUCUCUUCACAUUGCUUGACCAAGCCAUAUACAAGUGUUAACAGAAACACAGAGAGGCCAAGAGAUUUAAAUAUCUCCUAUAGGGGAUUAAGAGCUUGCUGCAGCAAUGGAUGCCUCAACAGCUUAUAGACAGGUUUCACCAGCAGUCCCUUCUUGGCUAAACAAAGGAGACAAUGCAUGGCAAAUGACAGCAUCAACUCUGGUUGCCCUCCAGAGCAUGCCCGGGCUUGUCAUACUCUAUGCCAGCAUAGUCAAGAAGAAAUGGGCUGUAAACUCUGCCUUCAUGGCCCUCUAUGCCUUUGCUGCUGUCCUCAUUUGCUGGGUGCUAUUAGGCUACCGCAUGGCCUUUGGCGAUGAACUCCUUCCCUUUUGGGGAAAGGGUGCACCGGCUUUAGGCCAAAAGUACCUCUUAACCAGAGCGAGGGUCCCUGAAAGUACGCAUACACUCGAAGAUGGCACAAGGGAAACUGUUGAGCCUUGGUAUCCAAUGGCCUCACUUGUGUACUUUCAAUUUACUUUUGCUGCUAUUACCCUUAUUUUGCUUGCUGGUUCUGUUCUUGGCCGGAUGAAUAUUAAAGCUUGGAUGGCUUUUGUGCCUCUAUGGCUCAUAUUCUCCUACACUGUUGGUGCUUUUAGCCUAUGGGGAGGCGGAUUUCUUUAUCAUUGGGGUGUCAUUGAUUACUCUGGUGGCUAUGUCAUUCACCUCUCCUCAGGAAUUGCUGGGUUGACAGCAGCUUAUUGGGUUGGACCAAGGCUAAAAAGUGACAGGGAGAGAUUUCCCCCUAACAACGUGUUGCUAAUGCUUGCGGGUGCUGGUCUGUUGUGGAUGGGCUGGUCAGGAUUCAAUGGAGGAGCACCCUACGCAGCAAAUAUCGACGCUUCGAUUGCGGUGCUGAACACUAAUGUAUGCGCAGCAACAAGUCUGCUUGUAUGGACAUCUCUGGAUGUUGUAUACUUCGGUAAACCAUCAGUGAUAGGAGCUGUUCAGGGCAUGAUGACCGGACUAGUUUGCAUCACUCCAGGAGCAGGACUGGUUCAAUCUUGGGCGCCUAUAGUGAUGGGAAUACUUUCCGGCAGCAUUCCAUGGGUGUCUAUGAUGAUACUGCAUAAGAAAUCUGCCCUGCUUCAAAAGGUGGAUGAUACACUGGGUGUCUUUCACACACAUGCAGUGGCUGGGCUCUUGGGUGGACUUCUGACUGGACUUCUAGCAGAGCCGGAACUGUGUGACCUUAUACUGCCGGUGAAUACAAGGGGUGCGUUUUAUGGUGGAAGUGGUGGGGUGCAAUUCCUGAAGCAAUUGGUGGCAGCCCUUUUUGUUAUAGGUUGGAACGUGGUGUCCACAACCAUAAUCCUUCUGUUUAUAAGGCUGUUUAUACCAUUGAGAAUGCCUGAAGAGCAACUUGCUAUUGGAGAUGAUGCAGUUCAUGGAGAGGAAGCUUAUGCUUUAUGGGGUGAUGGAGAAAAAUACGACCCGACUAAGCACGGUCGGAACACCUCAUUGUAUGGAGAGGAAACAGCACAGUCUCCGUAUGUUAAUGGUGCAAGAGGUGUCACCAUCAAUUUGUAAGCAAUGCAGAAAUAAAAACCAUCAUUUUGUAAGCUAGAUGACUGCACACGCACAUUAUUAUUGCAGUUUUUGAUUUCUUGAUAUAUAUUGAUUAGCACAUAGUUCGAUUUGUGAGUAGAAUCUUGACGCAUGUAAUAUUGAAUUAUAAAUUGUUCUGCCUAA